AUGCCGAGUCUACUUGCACCACGGCUGAGCUGCUUCUACUGUGGUUCGCGAUCUCCACAUGUCAAAGACGGACGUACGCGACAGUUCACUUGCACUGUAUGCGAUGCAACAAACCACCUGGACUCUAAAGGCGAAAUUACCGACCCUCCAGCGACUUCGAACCUGAAUCAAAACACAUCAUUCGCUCACCCUCCUCCGCGACCGACAUCACCAAUACAAUCCGAGUCCACCGAACACUUCUGCAAGACAUGCCUCAAGAACCAACAAAUUGUCGCAAACCUCCUCGCAGAGUAUCUGCCGGCCGAUGACGAUCCGCAAUACAACAAGUUCGUCGCAGAAUACCCUCAGUACAGGAAGAACCUCGAACGUCGCUAUCCCCAAGUCUGUCCUAGAUGCGCCCCGAAAGUGCAGCAACAGUUGAAGAAGACGGUAUACGGCGCACGAGCUGACUUCCUUUCGAGGAAGAUUGAGCAAUCAAAGUCUCAGUUUGUGAACAACCUCUCUACUCCGGCCUCUCUUGGCAUAUCCGCCUUGAAUGUCGUUGCUCUAGCUUGGUGGGGAAGUGCUCUCUUUCAGGCUUACUGGCAUACCUUGGCCUUCUUGGGCAUUCCGGGAGAUUGUGAGGAAGUCGCAGGUUUGACCCCUCUCAUGGUCGUUGGCUGCUCCGUUAAUGGCUUCCGCUCACAUAUGCUACCCGCUGGUUGUGCUCACCUCUUUGUCGAUCUCGUGAGGAAGUCGCUGUAUGUGAGCUUCUGGCUAGUGUGGUGGAACCCAACAUUCAAGGACAGACUCAGGUUUCCUUACAGAACCCAUCAUGCUCUCGGUCUUGCCGACUUCUAUCGUUACCAACUUGUCAUUCUCGCCCUAAGAGCUACCGCCUGGUUCUACCUGAGUGGCCCGUGGAUUGAGGGCUCGGCUAGUGAUCUCAACAAGGGAAUGCAUGGAUGUGCUAUUUUGUUCAUUGUCCUAAGCACAGUCGCUUCUUUGCGCACCAUUGUCUACAGCACUGGGCCUAGAGUCUCAUGGAAGACUAGCAAUGAGCCUCUUAUUGAGCCCGGCAGCUUCCAUCCUCCUACUGACGACUUCACUAGUCAAGCAUCACCACAUCUUCCCACCAUGUCUCCUUCACGUCAGCCAUUUCCUCUAGAAAAUCUGGGUACUCGUUCGGCCGCCCGAUCAGCUACGCGAGCUGCAUCGCCACUGCUGUCGCGCUUUGGGCCCCUUUCGCCGUCUCCUGCUCCAUCUCAAGAUAUGGGCGACAGCAUGGACUGGGAACCUAUCGGUCAACCUUCACCGAUAAGACCCAGUCACGCUGCGCAAAGCAAUGCUGCAUCCGCCAUCCCUGCAUUUCUGCGUCCUGCCGCUAGUAUGGCAACCGGCGAGAAAUCUCCCUUUACCGGACGCCUGCCACCAGCUCCUAUGUCUCCUGCACACCGCCUGCGAAACCCUCCGGCGCCACCACAGUUCAAACCAACCCCUCUGUCACAACAACGCGACUUUUUCAAGAAGAUGGGUCUCUCCAACAACAUCCCUUCACUAUCCAAGAAGUCUGCUAUGACAGAAGAUCACGACGACGAAGACUCGCCAAGAAAGCCCGCCGCGUACAUGUCCAGUCUGGACAGAAACAGAACAAAAGACCACUUCGAACUGCACCCACCGAAAUGGACAUUACAAUCCGACAUGGAGGCCGCAACCAAAGGCACAGGACUGGAAGACAUGUUCACCUCAAGCUUUAACAUUGCCGAUGAGCACGACCCCAUGACCCCGAGAUCUGCACGUCGUACUGCUGCUCGUGCAUCCGCCAAUAAUACACCUAAUGGCUAUGAGAGUCGUGGUAUCUUUGACAGAGCCCCUGUUGAACCUAUUAUGCCAGAAACGACUGCGGAGAUUGUGAAGCGAAAUGCUAGGGAGAUGGCACUACCGGUUGGACUGGCAGUCGGUGCUGCAUUCUUUGCUUGGGCUAGAGAUCCUGGUGCUAGAGAGUGGAUGGGGUGGUAA